GCGCCAAACAAACGCUCCAUGUGCAAAGCCAAGUAGCGGAGAGAGAAAAAGUUUAGUGUGUGUAGUUUGUGAGAGGAAACUGAAAGUAUUUAAAAAGCAACACACAUAUAUGAAGAGGAGAAGUUUAUCUUCAAGUAGCGGAGUUGGAUUUUUUUUGCUAAACUAUAGCACGAUGAAAGAAAAGAGAAGAAAUCCCGGCGUUUAAAAUUUAAAGUCCUGGUGGAGAAAAUCUGUGUUUUUUUUUUUAUAAAGGACCCUUCUUUGUUCUGCUGCCGUGUGACGAACAAAAGAUGGACAGAGAGCGUCAGGAAAGGAGAGAGGAGGAGGAGGAGGAGGAAGAGGAGGAGAGGGACCGAACGCUACAAACUCCAUCCAGAAUGGCCAAGGAAGAGGAGGAGAAGGAGAAGUACAGAGCGCUACAAACUCCAUCCAGGACAACAGAAGAAGAAGAGCAGGAGGAGGAGGAAGAGGAGGAAGAGAAGGACCGAAUGCUACAAACUCCAUCCAGGACGACAGAAGAAGAAGAAGAAGAAGAAGAGGAGGAGGAAGAGAAGGACCGAAUGCUACAAACUCCAUCCAGGACGACAGAAGAAGAAGAGGAGGAGGAGGAAGAGAAGGACCGAAUGCUACAAACUCCAUCCAGGACAACAGAAGAAGAAGAGCAGGAGGAGGAGGAAGAGGAGGAAGAGAAGGACCGAAUGCUACAAACUCCAUCCAGGACAACAGAAGAAGAGGAGGAAGAGGAGGAGAAGGACAGAGUGCUACAAACUCCUUCCAGGACGACAGAAGAAGAAGAAGAGGAGGAGGAAGAGAAGAACCGAAUGCUACAAACUCCAUCCAGGACGACAGAAGAAGAAGAAGAAGAAGAGGAGGAGGAAGAGAAGAACCGAAUGCUACAAACUCCAUCCAGGACGACAGAAGAAGAAGAAGAAGAGGAGGAGGAAGAGGAGGAGGAGGAAGAGAAGGACCGAAUGCUACAAACUCCAUCCAGGACGACAGAAGAAGAAGAAGAGGAGGAGGAAGAGGAGGAGGAGGAAGAGAAGGACCGAAUGCUACAAACUCCAUCCAGGACGACAGAAGAAGAAGAAGAAGAGGAGGAGGAAGAGGAGGAGGAGGAGGAAGAGAAGGACCGAAUGCUACAAACUCCAUCCAGGACGACCGAAGAAGAAGAGGAGGAAGAGGAGGAGGAGGAGGAAGAGAAGGACCGAAUGCUACAAACUCCAUCCAGGACGACCGAAGAAGAAGAGGAGGAAGAGGAGGUGGAGAUGGAGAUGACGAAGGCAGCCGCCAAAGACAAAGUCCUCGGCCGACACAUUGCGCUCUCCUCCUCUUCAUCCUCCCCCUCUUUUCCUCUCCUCUCCGCCUCUCCGUGCCGAGGAAGAGGAGGCGAGGAAGAGGAGGAGGAGGAGGAGGAGGUUCGGGUCGCCAUAGUUUCCAUCGAGGACGAGUCAUGUCCGUCGUCCGAGCCGUUUGGCCCCGCCCACCUGGAGACGGCCAAUCGGAUCGCGCGGACGGAGGAGCAAGGACACACUGGAGGAGCAGAGGAAGAGGAGGAAGAGGAGGAGGAGGAGGAAGAGGAAGAGAACGCAGACAUGACGUCACCAUCUCUUCACCUGCAGAUGAAGAGGAAGCUGGACCACGGUCCAGACGGCCGGCCGUUCCCUUCGGGGAAGAAGCACUGCAAAGGCAACGCAUACCUCAGUCCUGCCAGUCUGGUUCAGGCCACCACUCCGACCACGUUCGGCGACCUGCGGCUGGCCAACGGGCUCUCUGCUCAGCGGCGGCGCGUCACCUCGGGCCCGCCACCCUCCGGCCUGCAGGACUGGCUUCACAUCUUCCAGACAUGGAGCGGCCCCGAGAGGCUGUUGGCUCUGGACGAGUUGAUCGACAGGUGUGAGACGAGUCAGGUGAAGCACAUGAUGCAGGUCAUCGAGCCCCAGUUCCAGAGAGACUUCAUAUCCCUGCUGCCCAAAGAGUUAGCGCUGUACGUGCUGACGUUCCUGGCUCCCAGAGACCUGCUGCAGGCCGCUCAGACCUGCCGGUACUGGAGGAUCCUGGCCGAAGACAACCUGCUGUGGAGGGAGAAGUGCCGCGAGGAAGGUGUGUCAGAGUACGCGUUGGCGCGCCGCAGGAAGUGCGAGCGUCCGGGCGCGGCGGUCAGUCCGUGGAAGUCGGCCUACAUCAGACAACACCGCAUCGAGAACAACUGGAGGAAGGGGGACACGGGAGAGCCCAUGGUACGUUAA